UCAGAAACUGCGGUGCAACUUUCAAAUCUGCUCCGAGUCAAAAGUCUUCCGCAUAGCAAUGUAGUUACUUAGCUAGGUUAGUAAGUUAGCACGUAAACACUACUCUCUCAGAUAAUUAGCAAAAAAUGAUCCGUUAGCAGAAACAGCAAGCAGUAACUUUAGGUGAUUAUGGAGCAGGCUCGCAGCACUGGCAAUGGGCUCAGGAUGUCCAUCCUCCGGCGGAACGCGUCUUCCCUAUUACCAGACCUGUGUUCCAAUUCCUCAGUUUGUAAAAUCACUGAUGAGACUUUUCCCUACAUGUCAGGAAUUUUCGAUGAGACUAUGGAUCCUUCUUUCAUGUCAAAUGGACCAGUAGCAACCGCAGAUUUGCCUGAUCAGGUGGAGUCGAAAGCAUUGACAAAAACUCAAGAUGAGGUCAUUUCCGGAGCAGGAGGUCAAACAAAGGCUGCAUACAACAGCUGGCUUAGUAUACCCAUAGAGAAUGGUCAUUCUGUAGAUUUCAGCAUGUCCAUUACAUCUGCACAGGAUGACCAUGAAGACAUUAAUGUAACUGAAUCCAAUCCAAAGGGAGAUAUACCUGAAGUCAGCUGUCAUUCCCAAGAGUCUGCAAGUUGUACAGAAAAAUGUGACUUAGGGGUGGGGUCAAAGAACAAUACUUUUGAUAUGGCUAAAGACCUUAAAGAGAGGUUUUCUGGAUUGAAUUUGACUAAACCUGUUCCCAAUGAAACAACAGGGUCAAGCAACGUUACUUUUGAAAAGUCAGAAGAACUUCAAGAAAAGUCUGCCGGACUUAGUUGUACUAUUUCUAAUGAUGAUGCAAGUGUGGAAGACAAGCAUUUAGAUGAAAAAAGUUUAAACUCAACUGUUGAUGUUUGUAGCCCCUCAAACUCUACCAAAGAGCAGCCAAAUCAGAAGCUCAACGGAACUGUAGAUAUUACUCAGUCAAAUGGACAUAAACAAGAGCAGGACAAUGAAGGACGUACAUGCAGUAAGGACUGUGAGAAGCAAAGCACUUUUACAAAGGCUACAGAGGAAAUCAAUGCAACUGUUGACUUGACUGCUGGGGUUCACACAGAAGUUGCUCAGCAAGGUUCUGUAAAUGUGGACCCAGUUGACAGAACAUUCACUAAACACAAUACGACCACUGACCUCACACCUCCAGAGCCUGUUUCCGACUUGACUACGAAUGUGAUCAAAAGCUCUAACACAGAAUUACCAAUGCAAUCCGAUACUAACUGUGAUGUGAUUGUGAAAGACACACCAAUGUCUGGACCAUUAGCUCCAGGCAAUACCACUGCACCAGUGAGAGUUGAUGUGACCGUUUGCUCUGACAGAACUCUAGAUCUUCCCGAAACUGAUGGUAAAGAAGAGCAACAGGACCUAUUUAAGAGAAGAAAUGGAACUUCAGAUGGUGAAGGUUACCUCAACAUGGACAUCAGCCAAAGUAGUAUGUUUUCGUUGGAUGAGAUGCUUGACUUGAAACCCUGUCCCCUCGUUGCAUCCACACCUAUUGUUCUGGGAAGAGGCUUUGACAGACUGGGAUCUGCAAAGCCCACAAAUAUACUUAAACAGCUCUCUGUGAUCAACAGUAUUAACACCCAGUUGAAUGACGACACUGCUGGUGUUAGUGAGCAUGAAGGAUCGGAUGCAUCAAAAUCAAAUCAGUUGUCUAAUAAGUCUGACACCUGUAGUCAGAUCCAGAAAGUUUCAUCAAACGGUACCUCAAAUUCCACUACUUCUGAAGCAGCGAUUGUGAACAAACCUCCUUCGAAACUUGCAGUCAGAAGGAAAAUUCCCCAGCCCUCUUUUAAAUCCAAUAUUCCCAAGACCCAGCUCCCUCCAUGGCCUCCCACCUUAACCACGGUAACCUCGGCAGUGGUUAAAUCAAAGACUGCAGCAGCAGCACAAGCUUUAAAUCAGCCAGAGACAUCCUCAUCUGCUCUGCAUAGCAUGAGGAGGACAGUCCAGCUUAAUAAAGGGAAAAUGCUUGCUUCUGCAAAGAAUACUUCCACGGCUUCCACUGUAAAGUCUUCAUCUGUGGCUACCUCCACCAGUACAUGUAAUUUGACCGCAGAUAAAAAGGCUGGAAACACUUGUAUGACAUUGCCUAAACCCUCUGGGUUGCAACCCCCUGGUCGAGGAAGAUUUGGUCUUAAGCCACCUGGGAGUGCUGUUUCCUCAGAAGAAACUGGUCAUGCUCCGACUAACAACAAACCAUCUGGUUUAUCAGCUAUAAGGACAAGGAAUUCACUGCUUCCGGGUUUUUCUCAGAAGCAUGCAAGCAGUGAUGCCUUGCCAUUGGCAAAAAGGAAGAAAACUGAUCUGCAAAACCAGCCCAGCUGCUCUGAAGCUCCAACAGGCUCAGAGGCAGGGGAAGGUGUUCAGAAGAAUGUAACCGCUCCCACAGACAUCACAUCAAAGAGACCCAAUGCUGGUACCAACUGUGGAAAUUGUACACUACUUCAAGAGAAAUUACUCACAUUUCAUGAAGAACUGGGGGGAUUUCUUCAAGAUCUUGGUCGACUACCAGCAGAUUGUAAAAAGUGGGUCUCACUUCAACAAAAAUUGGAGUCGUAUUUAGAGGAGGUCAAGAGUUUACAAACAGAUCAUCAUUAAGGAAGAGGAACUUGGCUGGCCUACAAACCUGAUGUAUUUUGUAUAAUAAAAUUGAAUAUUAUCGUUAAUAAAAUUAUUAAUUUAUUGUUUUUCCCCAUAUUGUCUUUUUUAACAGAAUAGGUUAACAUCAAAUUGUUUUUAGGCUAGACUAUUUCCUUGGUGGCGCAGGUGCAACAUAAAUCACUUGUGAAUUUUCUUUGUAUUUUGUGAACUUGGAAGCCCAAUGGGACUUUUUUAUUUAAUUGAGUCAGUAAACGUGUUGAUGGUUUUACACUACAAAAUAAGUUAAACAGUGUUGGUGUUUCUGUAAAAGACUUUUCCUAAAACAGAAAUCUUUGGAAGUUUUUUACAGUAUUAUGUUUAUUGAUGCUUUAUAAGCGUGAAUUGACAAUUACCGUGUAUAGACUUUUUAAGACAUGGGAAGUAAAAAUAGACAUUACAGCCAUUUCAGAUCAGUUUUAUACUUCUGUAUUUAACAAAGCUGAUAUCUAAUUCAACUUGAAAGUUGAUUUCUAACAAAAUUGUCUGUUUCCCUCUUUAACGUUUUUGCUGUCUUGAUAUUUCAUGAAUUAAAGAUACAUUAAGUAA